GAAAGGAUCCCAACACAGAGAAGGAGUGAAAGGCAGCGAAGGACUUGGGAAAAGGAGUUCUCUCUUUCUGUUUUUAGUUUCAGGAAGCCUAGCUGGUAUUCUUAACACAACGGUUGACCCUGAAAUUUUCCUGUUGAAAUGGGCAAUGAAAACAGCAGCCAAGAAAGUCAGGAUGUCCCUUCAGUUCCAAAAUCAACCGAGCCACUUAGUAGUGAGAGAGAAAUAAAAAAUAAAAAGUCAAGGAAAAAGAGCAGAGACAAAUCACUCAAGCAAGAUGACUUAGAUACCUUACCAUCAGAUUCUACUGUUUCAUUAUCACCACCAGAUGAUGGUUUCUCUUUAACUGCAGAAGAUACAAGAGGAAAUUGGCCUCCAGUGUCUGACUUGAAGGAAAGGGAGUCCUACCAACCCCCAGCUCCAGAUAACCUUCUUCUUGCUGGGAUUGAUAUAAAUGAAGAGUUAAGGACCCAGAACUCUAUCCUAAACAGCCUAAAUAAUGAAGGCCUCUGUAGUAACACUGCUGAAGAAUCAACCAGUGAAAACACUGCUGUGGCAUAUCCAGAUGUGAUGGCACUAGAGAAUAACCUGCACAAGAGAGACUCCUUGGAAUGUGCUGAAGGAGGAGGAAAAGAUCAAAGUCAACAUAUGACAAUGCUUUCUGAGCAUGGUGAAGAAUGCACUGCACUAAGCCUUGAAAGCAGCCCCGGAGGCUUGCCUGCCUUUGUGUCAUACCCUGCUAUUGUGAAUGAGAAAGACACAAGAAUUGAACCUCUGGGCAGUGGAACAGAUGCUGAACAUCAUGCUACUACUUUUGCGAGAGAGUUUGAGAAAGAUCCAAGUAUCCCCGCUUUGGGACAGAUUCCUUCAUCAGAUUCUAUUCGGACACCAGGACCUGAAACUGAGGAAAGCAACUGCAGUGAAUUAGAACCAUUGCAACAGAGCAAACUGUUGAGUGAAAGAAGGGAGACACACAUUACCCUGUUGCCUAAGAGUGAGAAAGGCAGAGAUUCUUAUGCUGCUAAAGAAAUCAGACAGGAGACUGAACUGGAAGUGAGUCACAAGGAGGAGGCUGUAAUAAAGCCAGUGGGACUGAACACAGGUAGUGCAGACAGCCUGGUAAUGAAAAGAGAAAAUUGUAUUCCAAGUAAUCUCAUAACAGGAAGUUCAGACACUGAUAAAUAUGGAGCAGCUGGUAUUGAUCAGAGCAUUGUUGAGUUCAGAGGUGUCAUCAGCGAAUAUAGCAACAACGAAGCAGUGAGCAGAGGAGAUAAACAAUUCCAAACGUUUCCAGAAAAGAACCCUGAGGUGCUUGGGGAUCAUCCCACUGUAUCCAGUUUGUCCUCAAACACAUCAAACCUGUCUCCGCUAACCGUGACAGAACAACCUACCAGUGAUCCUUCAUCUGAAAAAGAAUGGCUAGAAAAGACCAUAAGUGCAAAACCAGAUAUCCAUUGUGUGGAUUUACCAGUUAGCCUGGAGCCUCCUGAUGUGUCCUUGUUGCCAGAAAUAAAGAACAAGACGCAAAAGGCAAAUACUACAUCUGAGGACACAGCGGAGCAAAUGAGUGAUAAUGAAAUCAAACAAGCUGAAUGUGUGAGCAGAGGAAAUACAGCCCUAGCUGACACAGAAAAUGUUGUGUAUAUGGUGAAGGAAGAAUCUGUUGGGGAUAAACUGCUGUUCCUUGAGAGAAGGACAAGAGAUUUCACAAGUGAGAACGAUCUUGCUGAGCAUAAUAAAGAAGAAACUGUAGUAUCUGAGAAACAUGAACACACUUUUUCCGGAAAGGGAGAGGAUGGAUGUCAAGAGGUGCCAACCUCAAGCCAGGUUAUACAUGAAGAUGUAAACUGUCCCCAAGAGACACCACUAACCUUUGAUAUUAACUCAAGAAAGGUCAGUCCAGAUGCUACCUUGGAUGAUUAUUGGUGUUCUCAAGUAAAUAGCUUAGAAACCAAUAUCAGUGGCAAAGUUUUAAAAAAGAACCUCAAUUCAGAAUGUAAUUUGAAUAUACCCAAAGAUCAUUCACCUGAAUUGGAGAACUUGGAGCAAAAAACCACAACCACAAAUGAAAAAGAAGUGGCUAGCCUUGGUUCAGCUGAAGUACUACAUUUACAAAGAAAAGACAGCUUGCAGAGCUGCGAUCUUUUAAACUCCAAUGUAGAAGAUAUGCAGCUCUGCUUUCCAGCCGAUAAAAAGAUAGAAGAUGUACAUGGUUCACUGUCUCUGCACUCUGAAGAUAAUGCCACUGUGCAAAAUAAAAAAGAGAAAUCCUGGGAACAGCCGUUUGCUCAAAAAUCUCAACCAGAAUUGGAAGACCAAUCUAUGGAUAAAAUAAAAUCUGAAAGCAAUGCCUCAUCUGCAGAAAUAAUUCCAGUGCCUAAAACAGAACCUGAGUGUCAGAACUUAGAUGAACAGGCUAGAAGUGCUGAAUGUGUUGCAUCUGAAAAAACAAACAUCCUAAAUGAUGAAUCCCAUUUUGAAAGUAAGAGAUGUGCCUCAACAGCUGGCAGUGACCCAAACUCUGUACCUGUGGCUACUGUUGAACAAAGCAGUGCUAUGGGGAAGAAUGAUAGUAAUAAGGCUAGACAGGAGGAAUGCAAAACAGGGAUAAAAAAAAAAGGAACUGACACAACUUUGGCACAAGAAACCCAGACCAAACUGGGCUCCAUACAGCAAGUGCAGCUGGAACAAGCAACCGAAGAAAGUGACCCCAGUAUAAAACAUGGUUAUUCUGGCAGCCCUUUAGUAUCAGCAGUUGAAGCAGAAACCAGUCCCCAGCCACUGAAGCUUGGAGACUUACAUGAUAACAGCAUAAGGGCAAACAAUUCUCCACUCAAAAGCAAUGAUUGCAAAGAAUAUUUGGAAACUUAUCCCAAAGAGACUGUGGAAAACCAACAGAUGGUGGACAUUUUAAUGCCAUCUCCCAAAGUGCAGUCAAACAAAACCCCAAAGCCCUUUGGCUUUGUCGGCAGGGCAAGCAAAGAAGAACAAUGUAUUUCAAACACAGAAGAUAAAGACCUGGAUCAUGAUGGUCUUCAAACAGUUGCAAGUUCCCAUGGGCAGAACUCUAACUGGACAUCUCCUGAAAGGGACCACCCACUGGAAUUAAAUAAUUUCAAUGGCCAUGGGGAGCUUGAAAAAAGUGAACUACAAGCUGAAGACAAUCUACACAAACUCCAGACAGUACUUGAUGGGCCAGAGACAAAACCAAAUAAUCUGUCAGAUGAAAAUGCAUCUUUAACAUGUAUUUCUGAAUUUGUGGGAAAUGCCACACAAAACAACAACCUGCCAGAUGUAAUAAACCCACCGGUGAAUGAAAGUUGUCUUAACAAAGAAACCUUAAACAACUUCAAGCAAGAGAUUUCUAAUUCUCUGUUUUCAGAUGGGGUUUUUGAAGGAGUAAGCCAGAGUGAUACAUUUGCUAAAGAAUCUGUCACAGCUGAACAGUUGGAUGGCUUAUAUAAACUUUCAGACAGCAAACACACAAGCAAUACUGAUGUUACAGAGUAUAUUCCAGUGACACAGAAAACUGCUACUGCUGAUACUGAACAGGCACAGACCCUGCAGGAGAGUUUAACUUGUGUAGGUGAACAUUCUAAGAACAAUGGGACUGAUUUUAACUUACUGAGCAAAGAACCAGAACUGGCAGAACAAAGCUUACAUACAGAGAAAGAAGAGCACCUGAAUUUAGUAGAUGAAACCAUUCUGAAAGAUGAACAAGUAGGUUGCAAACAGGACUUAACUUUCCUGCCUUCUGAAAAUACAGGAAUGGAUGAACGUUCUCCUGAAUUACCUGAUAGCCCAGAAAUUCCUUUGAGUGAUACUGGGCAUAAAACAGAUAAUACUGAAAAGGCUGAGAUUCUAUUUGCUACUUCUCAAGCAGAACUAACAUCUUUCUCAACAUCAGCACUACUGAAUGAUGGGCCUAGCCAAGUAAGCCACCAGCCUACAGACUGUGUGUAUCAUGGUCCUGAAGAUGAAUUACAAAAAGGUGAGCCAGAAGCUGUGGCAUGUCAAGAUGUCUUAGAUUCUGCUACCAGUUUGCAGACUGCAGCUGCUACACCCAUUUACUUAGAUGAUGCUUUUGUAGAGAACAGCACAACUGAUCAAAGGAGACCAGAAGUAAUGAAUUUAGACAACACUCCUUCAGAAACCAUCCCAGGGAAAGGAUCUGGCAUUCCAGGCAAAGAGCUCCUUUCAGAAGAGUGUAUCUUAACCUUGCAGGAUGCUUCUGAGAUCAAGCAGUUUGAAAGAAAUUUGUCACCAUUUAAUUUCAAGAAGCUGCAGGCUGAGAUCUCAGCAAUUAAACUAAAAGGGGAUAAAAGCGAUGUAAACUUCAAAGCCCAGCAGUUUAACAGCUCAGCAGAAUCUCUACUCAGCCUUUCAGGCUCAGAAAGGAAGCUUUUCAACCUUUCAUCGUUUGAUAAGCAAGCAGAUUGUAAUGAAGACACUGCAACAAAUAUCAGUUGUGACGAUAACAAGCACAGUAAGAAUGAAGAAGAAAGCAAAUGUGCUUUUAUAGAGAAAUUCAACAUCCCCAAGAUGGAGGUAGACAUUCCCAAGCAACCUGCAGCAAUAGCUGAAAAAGAACAGGAAGUUUCAUCUUCCAGAGCAUUCAGCAUUGGCGUUUUUGAUUUUAGGAAACAUAUUAGCAAAAUAUUUGAACAGGCAGUACCAAAUUCCUUGCCUGCAGACUUGUCUCACCUUGCCACUGAACAGAGUCCAAGUGAGAGGGGAACCCCAGUGGCUAAAGAAACAGAGGUUAAGCAAGGACUUGAAGAAGUUGAUAAAAGCAGUGAAAAUGGAGAGCCAGAGAAUGACUGGAAAACAGAAAAAUACACAUUGCCUUCAGAGACUGAACUUUGUGAUAGAGCCACUAAACAGAAAAUAGCACGGGAAGGGGAACACACAGGAAUGCUGGCAAACAGUCAGGAAUACUGUUUGCCAAGUGCCUUUUCAGAAAAAAUCCCUAUCCACAAAUAUUGCUUAAAUGAAGACUCUCUUGCAACUUUCCCCAAGUUAGUUGAGAAGGUGGAUAGCUUAUGCAGUCAUGAAAUGAAGGCAGAGGUAAAUGACCAUCUUCAUGCCUUAAGCAGAGAUAGUGCUGAGAACCAAGUGAACAUAGAAAAAGUAGAGUUUCAGUCUGGAAGUUCUGGAAGCCAAGAAACAGAAAAUCUGCCAUCUUCUCCUAAAAACGAAGAGCCUUUAACAAUUCCUGCUUCUACAGAAGUUGUUCCAAAUUUUGAUGCAAAUGCUGCUGCUGCUGAAGUAAAGGAAGGUAACUUAUUUAGUCUGUGUAACAUUGAAACAGAUGAAUCUAAAGAACAGUUAAUAUAUUAUGGAAAUAAAAACACUGACAAGGGAAAUGGGGAGAACAGUAUUAACCUAAGCAAGAUUUCAGCAUUGCCAUUUCUUCUAGAUGAUCUUGAUGCUCAUAAAGAACAAAGAGAUCAGUCCAGGAUAUUAUCUGAUGAAAAUCCUAACAACUUUUCUAAUGAACAUACAUUACAGAACAAAGCAGUUACAGUACUGUAUACUUUAGAUGGCAAUAAAUGGUUGCAAAGUUCUGUAGAUGUUGCAGAGGAAGAGAAGACACAGGACACAGCAGAACACAAGCUAAUUACUUACUUCAAAAAUGAAGUAAAUCCUGAUCACUCACCAGAUGAGUCCAAAUCAGGAUCCAGCAGUGCUCAAGAGAGCUGUAAGGAAAAAGCAAAUGACAUCAAUUUGAGCACACCAGAAGGACCAGGGUUUUCUACUGAUAUCCCAAAAGCAGGUACUACAAGCACACUAAUCACCAAUGACUGUGACUCAGUUUUGCAAGCUAGCAUAGACAUCCAAAGGAUUGAUGUAAAAAGUCAUUCAGAAACCCUUCAAGGGAUAGAACAAACUGUAUGUACAGAUAUGGAAGUGGCUUCUUUAAAUCAACCCAAAGAAGAACCUGUAAGUUUUCAAGAUGCCCAGGAAAUCGUAUCAACCACUUCACUUUCUGAAUUGGAGCAAAGCUUUCCUAGUUUGCUUGAAAACAUGGCAACAGAAGAAUUACCCCCUGAAAGUUCUUCUGUUCCUGAUGAUGCCAUUAAAUUGAAGCCUGAUGUGGAUUCUUUCAAAGAACCACCAACCACAGUCCUCUGUGAUGCUGCUCUUGAUGCUACUGAGCUGACUACAGCAAGCACUUCCCAGCUUUGUGAUAGCCAGCAGAUUGAUAGCACCAUUACAUCUCUUCCUGACUUUGGAUCAUCAACUCCUGAAUUCGCUAGUGAGAUAAAGCAAUCUAUCCAAGAGAGUAGAAAACCCAUCCUUGAAACCAAGAGGAGUUCAGACUCUGAAGAAGCAUUUGAAACACCAGAAUCUACAACUCCUGUAAAGGCUGCACCUCCGCUACCACAACUACCACCUGAAGUUGUAGCAUUUGACAUAGAAGAACCGGAAGUAAGACCUCAGCUUCCAUCAGAAGACACAGGUUACAGCCCCAGCACACCUCCCACAGGCCAAGUGAGCUCCGUGUCUCAAAGUUUUUGUUCUGAAACGGUAUCAGUAACUGAUGUUUCUCAUUGUGAACCACUUGAAGAAACUCCAUUGCCCCCUCCUCCCCACUCAUUUUCUACAGUUUUUGAUGAAGACAAGCCAAUUGCUAGCAGUGGAACUUACAACCUAGACUUUGAUAACAUUGAAGUUGUAGAUUCCUUACAAGCUGUAGAUCCGAGCUCUCUGGACACAAGGAGUCGGGAUUCUAAGUCACAUGUUAGAAGAAAAUCCACAGAUUCUUUGCCAGUUUCUAGAUCUACUUUAUCUCGUUCACUUAGUUUGCAAGCUGGAGAAUUUGAUGGAGCCUCUUUUCUUGGGAAUAACGAGACAGCAGGUUCUGCAACAGAUACUUUUAGUACUGGUUCAAGCAGUGCUUCUAGUACUCUUAAGCGCACAAAAAAACCUAGACCAGCUUCCUUAAAGAAAAAACAAUUAGCAAAAAAAUCCUUGGACGUUUCUCCAGUAAAAGAGCCGGGAAUAUUAGACCUCAAACAAGAUUCUGCUGCCUCAAGUGACGAAAAAGUUUCUGAACAACUUUUGGAGCCCACUGAACCUGAGGGUACCAACACUUCUCAAACUACUGUCAAGAAAGACGAGCCCACUCCAGGACUAGAGGCAUUGUGUCCAUUUGACCCAAAUAACUUGGAAGAAAUUCCUGUAUCAGGAGACAGCAAAGUACAGAACUCUCCACUUGCCAAUAAGAAAACUGUAUCUCUUACCACAACACCAGAAGCUGUGGAGGUGACACCGUCAGACACUGGGGGACAAGAAAAUCCUCCAGUGAAAGGUUUAUCAGUGAGAUUGGAAUUUGAUUAUUCUGAGGAAAAAGGCAGUGGUGAGGAGCAGACAGAGAGUCCUCUUCUGCCCAAAAAAGUGGGCAAAAAGCCUGGGGCUAAAAUGCCCCUAAGGAGGCCAAAGACUAAAAAGACUGGGGAGAAACUUGACAAUACUCCCACAACCCCAACCAAGACUCCUGCUGAACCCAAUGAGAUUCCUGUCCCCAAAGGCUCGUAUACUUUUGAUAUUGACAAAUGGGAUGAUCCCAACUUCAAUCCAUUCUCUUCCACUUGCAAAAUGCAAGAGUCUCCAAAACUGCCCCAGCAAACCACCACAACGUACAAUUUUGAUCCAGACAUCUCUGAGGAUUCUCUUGAUCCAUUCAAGCCUUCCUCAAAGGUAGCCAGCUCUCCCACACAAUCUCCAGCCUCCUUUGAGAUUUCAGCUAAUGUCAAUGAAAUUAAUGGAUCAGAAGGAGAUGGCCUAAAUAAGCCUGCAAAAAAGAAGAAGACGCCACUCAAGACUGAUACUUUCAGGGUGAAAAAGUCACCAAAAAGAUCUCCACUGUCUGAUGCACCUUCACAGGAAUCCACGACACUGCCUACUACUGAAACAUCCUCUGUUGUAUCCACUGUGGUUCAUGCAACAGAUGAGGAAAAACUGGCAUCCUCUGUGGGCAAUCAGAAAUGGACUUGUAUGACGGUGGAUCUUGAUUCUGAUAAGCAGGAUUAUCCUCAGCCAUCAGAUCUGUCAACGUUUGUAAAUGAAACAAAGUUCAGCUCUCCUUCAGAAGAGCUGGAAUAUGGCAACGCAUAUGAAAUAGAAUAUAUGGAAAAAAUAGGUUCUUCCAUACCUGAUGAUGAUGGCCAGACAAAACAAUCUUUGUACCUUAUGUUCAAUGCACAGGAAGAGAGUCCAGUCAAGUCUCCUCCAGUUCGUUUAUCAGAUUCUACAACUCCUUGUUCUGGGUCAAGUUUGGAGGAAACAGAAAGCCAGCUUUCCUGUAGUAUAAAACUACAGCACCCAGCUUCACGAUCCCUGGUGGCCAGCCAAGAAUCAUCAGUACAGCCCUCUGAUAAAACAAAAGAACUGGAAUCUAUGUCCUUAGGAAGUGCUUCAGACAACAUAGAUAUAAUCACACCAGAAGAUCCUUUUGUUUCUGCUGACGCUCUCCUUAGUAGGAUAUCUCAUCCACCUUCAGUAUGUGAUCAGCUUCAGUAUCUGGAGCCUGACUUAGCAGAAAAGAAUCCCCCAGUAUUUGCUCAGAAACUUCAGGAGGAAUUAGAAUUUGCUGCAAUGAGGAUAGAAGCCCUGAAGCUAGCCAGACAAAUUACCUUGUCUUCUUCCAACUCCUUAGAUACUGAGAGAGACCCUGCAGCGGAUGCUUCGAUCUCUAAAAGUGCAUUGUACUCCCGGAUAAGCAGCUCAGAGGGAGAAAAUGCCUCCACUUUGCUUUAUAAGCAGCAAGACGUGGAUACUGCCUUAAGAGUUGCCAGGGAGGAGAUAGUUGUGAAGGAAAGAAUGAUUUCAGAAUGGAAAGAGAAGUACGAAGAGAGUAGGAGGGAAGUAAUGGAAAUGAGGAAAAUCGUUUCAGAGUAUGAGAAGACAAUUGCUCAAAUGAUAGAGGAUGAGCAGAGAGAAAAAUCCAUGUCCCAUCACACUGUCCAGCAGCUUAUUAUGGAAAAAGAGCAAGCAUUAGCUGACCUGAACUCUGUGGAAAAAUCUCUAGCGGAUCUUUUCAGAAGAUACGAAAAAAUGAAAGAAGUUCUUGAAGGAUUUAGGAAGAAUGAAGAAGUAUUAAAGAAAUGUGCACAAGAAUAUUUAUCACGAGUUAAAAAAGAAGAGCAGAGAUAUCAAGCCCUCAAGGUUCAUGCAGAGGAAAAACUGGACAGAGCCAAUGCUGAAAUUGCACAAGUUCGGGGCAAGGCUCAGCAAGAACAAGCAGCUUACCAAGCCAGCCUUCGUAAAGAGCAGUUAAAAGUGGAUGCAUUGGAAAGAACACUGGAACAAAAGAAUAAAGAAAUAGAAGAGUUGACGAAGAUUUGUGAUGAACUGAUUGCCAAAAUGGGGAAAAGCUAACUUUUAACCAAAACCCUAAAUUACAAUCUUGAGUGCAAUAUGACCAUUGGCACAGUGAUAUCCAGGCAGUGAUGUGAACGGAAUCUAUUUUCACUUUUUUGUAUGCACUACUGUAUUUUUUCUUAAUAAUGUUGAUUUGAUUGUAUGCAGUACUAAGACUAUCAGAAAUCCUUGCUAUUGUCUGCAAUUCUUUCCUUUGUAUAAUUCAUAGCAAGUUGAUCUCAAAAGUUCCUGUAUCAGGGAGAUUUGUCAAGUUCUUUAAUAAAUUACAGUUGCUCAUCCUAGCCUUCCCUUUGUACAUGAGUUCCCAUGUUGGAUGUCUUUUUUGGAUUUAAUAUAAAUGUGUAUUACAUGCAUGGGGACUCUUGCCUUAAGGAGUGUAAAUUUGAUCUGCAUUUUCUGAUUUGUAAAAUAAAAU